CCUCAAGUUCUCAGAAUCAUCUUCCAAGCCAGCUUGCUUCGCACUCUUCGGAAAUCCAAUAAGACCUUAUAGUCUAUCUUCUCAGCUUUGAAAUCAAAAUGGCCACUACUACCGACAUAUCCAAACCAUUCUUUGCCCUAGCUGGCCUCGCUAACGACGGCUGGUCUAAGGAAGACGAAGCAACGGCAACAUGCUUCUGUGGUGCAGUACAGCUUGCAUUUCCAACUCAGGGUCCAGGUUACAUCGGUACAUUUGUAUGUAAUUGCAGUGACUGUCAUAAAAUCACGGCAUCUAUGUUCGCCACCAACUUCACCGUUCUGGACACACACUUAAAACAUCUCCGUGGGCGUGAUAACCUUACGAAAUUUGGCCCCCAAGCUCAAACUGUCGCUUCAGGCAAAGGCAUGGCCAACUACUUCUGCUCUACGUGCGGUACGCUUAUGUACCGCGUCGGAGAAGCCUUCCCAGGCAUGAGCAUCUUGCGCCUGGGCACCAUCGACGAUUUUCACUUACACGAGACUAAGAUGCGACCCACGGUAGAAUAUUUUGUUGAGAGCCGCGUGGGAUGGCUUAAGGGUGUUGAAGGAAUCAAGCAGGUUGAGGGGUUUCCAUCCCUCUAAAAUAGAGCGUAUCGUGCCCUAGGAUAUCAUCUUGCAGAAGAGCCAUCUCAGAAAAGGAGCUGAUGG